CAGGUGAAGCCUUUUUUCCUCCACGAUGGCAUCGAGGCUGGUUCCAAAAGUGAAUUCCAAACAGGGAGGAUCUCCGUGCAAGGAGAAGCAGGUGGUUCUGCUCAGCCCCCUGGGCAGGAUGGAGAUCUGGGGCUGUGAAGCGGGCGUACAUGAAAUAAAACUCCCCAAAAUGAGCCUGCUGCCAAGUGGCAGGGCAGAGCCCUCGGUGGCUUGCGAGGUGUGCGAGGGGGCCGAGGAGAUGCCGGAGCCCCUGCAGCAGUGCACGGCCUGGCUCCGAGCCUACUUCUGUGAGCCAGCGACCACAGGGACCCUGCCCGUGCCAGCCUUCCACCACCCCCUGCUCCAGAGAGAUUCCUUCACCAGGCAGGUGCUGUGGACGCUGCUGAAGGAUGUCAAGUUUGGGGAGGCUGUUUCCUACAAGCAGCUGGCAGAUCUUGCUGGCAACAGCCGGGCAGCCCGAGCCGUGGGUGCAGCCAUGAGGAGCAACCCGAUCCCCAUCCUCAUCCCGUGCCACAGGGUGAUCCGCAGCAGCGGGGAGAGCGGGAACUACGGCGGGGGCCAGCUGAUGAAGGAGUGGCUGCUGGCCCACGAGAAGCUGCAGAAGGAGAAGCUGGCGCGUCCGGGCGGCCGCUAACCGGCCACGGCGCACAACCGCGGCUCCCUGGCUCGUAACUGGCUCUCAGAGCACCCAGCAGAAUUCAGGGAAAUGGUAAAUAUUUGAGUGACACAUAAAUAUAAUGCAACAUCCAAAGUGAAAUGUGUGGUGGCACCACUAUAUUAAAAAAGCGGGAUGCGUCCUGGGGGAGGCAGCUCGGCUGCCCUUUCUUGUUUUUACAUUUUACAGCAGAAUGACUACAGCGAUCCAGGCCUGUUGUGCAUGGAUUUUGUUCCCAUCUCCAGCCCUGUUUUGUUCUAUUUUUAAUGUCCAUUAAAGCAGGGAUAAGGGAGUGGGAGGGACGUGGCAAAUGUGAGGUGGAAGCUUCCCCCUGAGGAGGCGACUGGCUCGCGGCGAGUGGCCCAGCCUGGCACGGCUCUCCCUCCCCAGUUUGGGGCAGAAAAUGGAAUUCCUUACUCCUGCCUUUUCUUUUUGGAUGGGGAGAUGGGAAUUUUUUUUUUUGUUUUUGUUUUUUUUUUUGCAUAGAGCAGGGGAAGAGACGUCGCCAACAAAUUGUAUAUUUUGGAUAAGCAGUUUGAUUAGCCAAAUCUGGCAAAAUACUGCAAAGCUCAUCAUAGUUGCUUCUUUAUCAGCAGCACAUUCCUUUAUCAUUUGAGUUUUCCUUCAGAUUUCCACAUUUCUCUGUUAUCCAAAGCUUUAUUUCCCAUAGCCUCUCCAUUGGAAGGAUUCGAGAGACAUUAAAGUUAAAUUUUGAGGUGGUUUUAGCAGGGUUCUCUGCAAGUACGAGCCACCAGAAGCUGAAAUUUCCAGUAUGGGAAUCGUAAAUUGUAACUUGGAAAUACUGAUUUUUUUAUGUCUUUUAUCAUAUUUUCAUGGAUGUCUCUUUAGAAAGGGCAUUGCUGCCCCCCAAAAAUUAUUGUGCGGCAAUGCGUUAGUUAAUCCAGGAUUAUUGAUACCUCGGAAUUGCUUCAAUAAAAAAACUGCUUUGCA